UGUGCACAGAGCCUGAGACUCUAUGGUUGUUCCCACCGACUCCCAUGAGGAAGCGCGACGAGAAACCUCCUAUAUACUUCCGUUUCCGGCCAGACCUCAUUCUUUUUGUGCUGGUAUCGCUCUCGCAAACAUGGUGAACGUUCCAAAAACCCGCCGGACUUUCUGUAAGAAGUGUGGGAAGCACCAGCCCCACAAAGUGACACAGUACAAGAAGGGCAAGGAUUCUUUAUAUGCCCAGGGAAAGCGGCGUUAUGACAGGAAGCAGAGUGGCUAUGGUGGGCAGACUAAGCCAAUUUUCCGGAAAAAGGCUAAAACUACAAAGAAGAUUGUACUGAGGCUUGAAUGUGUUGAGCCCAACUGUAGAUCGAAGAGAAUGCUGGCUAUUAAGAGAUGCAAGCAUUUUGAGUUGGGAGGCGAUAAGAAGAGAAAGGGCCAAGUGAUCCAAUUUUGAGCUUCAUAUUUUGUUUUAUUAUGAAGACAAUAAAAGUUUGAGAUCAUUUACUUCAUUUAGUUCCAGUUGGUUUCUUUGGAAGGGAAAUAAAAAUGUCAUCAAUAAAAUCCUUUUUGGGAAAUUCA